AGGGCGUGUGAAAUGAAAAAUUUCAGAUAGACCACCAGUGAGAAAAGCACCAUUAACACACUUGAAUCCAUAUACAGGCUGCUGCAUAUAGUGGGCUUUGAAAUUCAACACAAGUAUGGGUGAAGAAAAGCUGGUGGCUUGCGUGUUGGUCACUGUGUUAAGUCUGACACUAAUGAGGUCAGUUUAUGGUCAGCACAUGCCAGAAGAACCGUGCUCGGUCCAGAUCCUCGUCCCUGGACUCAAAGGUGAACCAGGAGAAAAAGGAGAGAAAGGAGCACCUGGGAGACCUGGGAGAGUAGGGCCGCCUGGAGAACCAGGUCCCCCCGGAGACAAAGGCCAAAAAGGUAGCACUGGACGUUAUGGGAAGAUGGGUCCCGCUGGACUCAAAGGUAUAAAAGGGGAUAUGGGAGAUCCAGGACCCAAGGGCCCAAAUGGAGAGCCAGGCGUCCCCUGUGAGUGCGCACCCUUACGGAAAAUGAUUGGUGAAAUGGAUAUUCAAGUGGCGCAAUUAACCAAUGAGCUGAAGUUCAUUAAAAAUGAUCCUCAUUUUUCAGCCCUGCCCUCCCCCGCAGCUGUCGCUGGCAUCAAAGAGACAGACAGCAAGGUCUAUCUGCUGGUGAAGGAGGAAAAACGCUACAGGGACGCGGAGGUGUUUUGUCAGGGGCGAGGUGGACACCUGGCUAUGCCCAAAGACGCGGCGGCUAACAGAGCCAUCGCUGGCUACGUCACUGAAGCUGGCCUCAGUAGAGUGUAUAUCGGCAUUAAUGACCUGGAGCGAGAAGGCCACUUUGUGUAUGUUGAGCGCUCACCCAUGACCACUUUCAGCAAGUGGAGGGAGGGCGAGCCAAACAACGCUUACGAUGACGAGGAUUGCGUCGAGAUGGUGUCUUCAGGCGAGUGGAUCGAUGUGGCUUGUCACCUCACUAUGUACUUCGUGUGUGAGUUUGACAAGGACACAGUAUGAGCUUCACUGCCAAUCUAUAGGGGGAAAAGUCAUUUUAGACAUGUUUAAAGUACUCCGGUAUUAAAGAAGGCUGAAAUUUCAAUAAAAAGGUGACGUACUUCUACAUUUUGUCGUCUUUGGCAACGAUGACGGCAGUGUGACAUGCUAGGCGUCAUGUAAAACUGUUUAAAACAACAUUUAAUUAUUAUUAUUAUUAUUAUACACUGCAGUUCAAACAUUUAG